AGUGGGGCCGCUAGCCGCAGUUAUGGCGGCGCACAUGGACAGUGAUACAGACGACGAUGUUCUGCAAGUGGAGGACGAUUAUUAUACGUUCCUCAACAUCGGAAAGGAUGCAACUACAGAAGAGAUAACGAAUGCCUACAGGAGAUUAAGUAAGAUAUACCAUCCGGACAAACAUGCGGACCCUCUCAGAAAACGAGACGCGGAGGUGCUCUUCAACAAGACCCGAAAAGCCUACGACGUGUUGCUGGACCCCCACAAGAGAGCCAUAUAUGACACGCUGGGAGUGAAGGGUCUUGAAACUGAUGGAUGGCAGAUUGUCCAGCGCACUAAGACGCCACAAGAGAUCAGAGAAGAGUAUGAACGGCUGGCCCGUGAGCAGGAAGAAAGGCGUCUACAGCAGCGAACAAAUCCGAAGGGAAGCAUCAGCGUUGGCAUUGAUGCCACUGACCUUUUCGAGGCCUACUACGAUGACGAUACGAGAGGCCUGGUGUAG